GCCGUGGGCCCCGAGAAGGACCCCCGGGACGCCGGCGCUCGCGACGCCAAACCGCGUUCUUUGCGUUUCACGUGGAGCAUGAAGACCACGAGCUCCCUGGAGCCCGGGGAGAUGCUGCGCGAGAUCCGCAAGGUCCUGGACGCCAACAGCUGCCGCUGCGAGCCCCAGGAGCGCUUCGUGCUGCUCUGCGCCCACGGCAGCCCCGGCCACGACUCCUUCGUGCAGUGGGAGAUGGAGGUUUGCAAACUGCCCCGGCUCUCCCUCAACGGCGUCCGCUUCAAGCGCAUCGCCGGCACCUCCAUGGCCUUCAAGAACAUCGCCUCCAAGGUGGCCAACGAGCUCAAGCUCUGAGCCACCGUCGCCCCCCGGGCGCCCGGGAGCACCUCCGGGGUGGCCACCGAGCUCGGAGUCACAGACAUGGAUUUGGCAACCCGGGAGCGCCUCCGAGGUGGCCGAGGAGCUCCGAGUCGUGGACGCGGCGACCUGGAGCACUUCUGAGGUGGCCACCGAGCUCUGAACCCCGGACGCGGACGUGGCAACCUCUGGGGUGGCCAAGGAGCCCAAGCUCUGAGCCACGGACAGGGGAGGGGACCCGGGACACCUCCACGGUGGCCACCAAGCUCCAGGUCACGGACACGGACAGGGGAGGGGACCCGGGACAUCUCCAAGGUGGCCGAGGAGCUCCAAGUCAUGGACGUGGAUGUGGUGGCCUGGGAGCACCUCCGAGGUGGCCACUGAGCUCUUGAGCCACGGACACGGCCAGGAGGGUCCCCGGGGGGGACACGGGAGCACCAGAUGGACCUGGGACCUCUGGGGAUCACCUGGAUGGACCCUCUGGGGGGUCCAGGUAUUCAGGGGGACAUCCUGGACGGACCCAGGACCACCGGGAUGGAUCCAGGACCUCCAGGAUGGACCUGGGACCUCUGGGGAUCACCUGGAUGGACCUUGUGCAGGGUCCAGGUCUUCUUGGGGACGUCCUGGAUGGACAUCUGGGGACAAGUGUCCAGGCCUGGAUGGCCCUGGGACCUGUUUGGGGCCACCCCGGUGGCCCAAGGACCUGUGGGGAUCUUCUUGGGGGGAGGUGACAAGGUCCUCCUGAGGACGGGGGGAUGUCCUGGGUGGUCCAGGGACCUCUGGGGACAUCUGGGCUGGAGCCGGGACCCGUGGGGACGUUCUGAGGGGUCCUGGGGACAUCGUGGGUGGAUCAGGGACCUCGAGGGACGUCCCGGGUGGCCCGAGAAGAUUUGGGGACAGCUGGGGAUGGCCCAGGGCCACGUGGGGACAUCCUGGGUCACCUGGGGACGGCCUGGGUGACCCCCAGGGACGUCCCGAGCCUUAUGGGGGGGGGACAUGGGGACAGUCCCCUCCCAGGGCCCCCCCCCGGGGGCCUAUUGGGGGUCCCCCCCCUCUGUGGGGACAUGGGGUGUCCCCCCGUGC